GACACCACCUAAUGCUCGGCUUCCACUUAACGCGUCUGGUCUUGCCCGGCGCGUCAUCCUGCAUCCGCGUUUCAUUUUUCUCACAACAAACCAAUUCCACAACCCUGAACAAGGCUUGAUUCACCAGGCUCAUGUGGACGUAACAAUUCUUCAAUAUUGUUGAAAACCAGAAUUUCUAAGCCAAAAUUCCUUCAGCUGUUGUUUCUACACCCAAUAGCGUCUAUCCCGCGCAGCUUGACCACCGACCACCUUGGGUACAGCAGCUAGCUAAUUUUCACCAAAAGACGUGUGAUACUGCCAUGGCUUCUCAAGCAUCACAUAUAUCUGUAGGAGCGCUUAGUGCGAUCUUUGAUGGCACAAAACCUCAGGUUAAUGAGCCUGUCGUCCAGUGUGUCCAAGUCAAGCCGUUGCCACCCCAGACAAACAACCAAGAGCGUUAUAGGGUUGUUUUUAGCGAUAUAUCCAACUAUGUGCAGACGAUGCUUGCAAUCCAGGCGAAUCAUUUUGUGACCGAUGGGUUACUUCGCAAAGGAUGCUUUGUGAAGUUGAAGCAGUUCCAGGCGAACUCGGUAAAGGGGAAAAAAAUCCUUAUCAUUCUUGACCUCGAGGUUCUCAAGGAAUUAGGGGAAGUGGAGAAAAUCGGCGAGCCAAAACCAUUGGAGAGCAAACUGGAGGAGGAGGAGAAACAACAGUCUACAGCAAUAUCGAGCAACGGGUUUUACGGUGCCAAAUCCCAAAAUGCCCCCUCGCAAGUCAACACACGACCACAUCAAAUGCGUCCCAUGCAGGGUCCUGGAACCGCAACUAUUUACCCCAUAGAGGCCCUCUCUCCCUAUGCCAAUAAAUGGACGAUCAAAGCGCGAUGUACUAGCAAAUCUCCCGUCAAGCACUGGCAUGGAAGAAGCGGCGAUGGCACGCUUUUCAGUGUCAAUUUGUUAGAUGAUAGUGGCGAAAUACGCGCUACUGGGUUCAAUGAGCAAUGCACUGCCCUGUAUGAUCUGUUUCAAGAAGGCGGCGUUUACUACAUAUCUAGCCCAUGCCGUGUUCAGAUCGCUAAAAAGCAGUUUACAAACCUUAAUAAUGACUAUGAGCUUACCUUUGAGAGAGAUACCCUGGUUGAGAAGGCAGAAGACCAGAAUGAUGUCCCACAAGUGCGCUUCAACUUCACCAAUAUUGGGGAUCUGCAGUCUGUUGAUAAAGAUACCACAAUCGAUGUGAUAGGAGUGUUGAAAGAUGUUGGGGAUACCGCCCAAAUCGUGUCAAAAACAACGAAGAAACCCUACGAUAAACGUGAACUUACUUUGGUUGACAAUACAGGGUUCUCGGUCCGCCUGACGAUAUGGGGCACUACGGCGAUGAACUUUGGCGCUACACCAGAAUCUGUGGUGGCGUUCAAGGGCGUCAAGGUUUCUGACUUUGGCGGGAAGAGUUUGAGUUUACUAAGUUCGGGCUCUGUGACUGUGGACCCCGAUAUCGAAGAAGCCCAUAGACUAAAAGGCUGGUAUGACGCGCAGGGUAGGGACGAAAGUUUUGCCUCUCAUGCCCCAUCAGCUGGGGCGAUGUCCGGAAUGAAACGCGACCAAUUUAAGACGAUCGCACAAAUUCGAGAGGAACAGCUUGGGAUGUCGGAGGAACCGGCGUACUUUUCGCUCAGAGCCACUGUCGUCUACAUAAAGCAGGACAACCUGUGUUACCCAGCAUGUCUUUCAGAGGAUUGCAACAAGAAGGUUACAGAGCUUGAUCCUGGUCAGUGGCGAUGUGAGCGCUGCGAUAAGACUCACCCACGAGCGGAAUAUCGAUAUAUAAUGCUUAUUAACGUCAGCGACCAUACUGGACAGCUGUAUCUCAACUGUUUUGAUGAUGUUGGCCGACUAAUGAUGGAUACAAGUGCAGAUCAACUAAUGGAAAUGCAACAGAAUGACGACAAAGUAGUUGGUGACAUCAUCCAAAACGCCAAUUGCCGUACGUGGACUUUUGGAUGCAGGGCAAGAAUAGACCAUUAUGGGGAUCAGCAACGUAUUCGAUAUCAAGUGUCGUUUGCAAGACCCGUCAACUACUCUGAGGAGGCGUCACGUCUCGCUGAUAUGAUCGACAGUUACCAUCUGUCCUAGUUGAAACCUGGAUUUGGGAUUAGCGAGUCGUGCUGUUUCCCUUCCGCUCAAGCUAGUGGCGUGGUGGCUUAUAGUGUAUAAGAUCCUCGUUUAUUAGUUUCUCUAAGUAUGAGCUUAGGGGCCGAUCUUCGCGGCGUUGGGCACAAUGACAAGGCGGCGAUUGAAGGCGAAAGAUAGUGGGUAUAUGAUCGACUUGUGCGACCGGUGCCUAUCUUAGGCGGGUAGUGAAAAGAUGACCACAGUGUAAUGUCAAAUAAUGUCAAUCUUUAGGAGUUAUUCAGUAUGCUAUAAAUCUGGAUAGAAGUGGUUUCCUCUUCGUGCAUCGUGGUCAUUCACCAGGAGGCUUGAAGCUAGUACAAUGACUUAUUCCCGGUAAGCUGGUGGACUGCC